GGCAUUUUCGUAAUUUUUUGGGUAACGAAAGGCCAUUUUCUUUGGAUAUUGAAGGCUACAGAUAACGGAUUCGGCCUGAAGCUAUUCUCAAAUGAUGAUUGAGACAUUAAGCACCGAUUUGGGCGGAAUUAUUCCGGGUCAAUUUUUGGCAGAUUCCAAAGGGGUACCAUCACAGAUUACGCGCGAUUUAUCCGAAAUGUCAUUUUCUUUUGAUUCUGGAGGCUACAGAACAUGGAAUCAGGCCGAGGCUAUUAUCCACCGAUAAUGAAGUUUAUUGAUCCUAUUCUCCAUAGAUGAUAAGUCCAUUAAGCACCGAUUUGGGCCAAUUUAUUUUUGGAUGGCAUUUUCGUAAUUUUUUGGGCGACGAGAGGCCAUUUUCUUUGGAUAUUGAAGGGUAGAUAUCACGGAUUCGGCUUGAGGCUAUUCUCCAACGAUGAUUGAGUCCAUUAAGCACCAAUUUGGGCGGAUUUAUUCCGGGUUAGUUUUAUGCAGAUUCGAAAGGGGUACCAUCACAGAUUUCGGGCGAUUUAUCCGAAAUGCCAUUUUAUUUCGAUUCUGGAGGCUACCAAACACGGAAUCAGGCUGAGGCUAUUCUCCACCGAUAAUGAAGUUUAUUGAUCCUUUCUCCAUGGAUGAUAAGUCCAUUACGCACCGAUUUGGGCCAAUUUAUUUUUCGGAUGGCAUUUUCUUAAUUUUUUGGGCGACGAAAGUCCAUUUUCUUUGGAUAUUGAAGGCUACAGAUCACGGAUUCGCCCUGAGGCUAUUCUCCAACGACGAUUGAUUCUAUCAAGCACCGAUUUUGGCGGAUUUAUUUCGGGUCAAUUUGUGGCAGAUUCCAAAGGCGUACCAUCACAGAAUCAGGCUGAGGCUAUUCUCCACCGAUAAUGAAGUUUAUUGAUCCUUUCUCCAUGGAUGAUAAGUCCAUUAAGCACCGAUUUGGGCCAAAAGUUUUUCGGAUGGCAUCUUCAUAAUUUUUUGAGCGACGAAAGUCCAUUUUCUUCAAAUAUUGAAUGCUACAGAUCACGGAUUCGGCCUGAGUCUAUUCUCCAACAUUGAUUGAGUCCAUUAAGCACCGAUUUGGGAGGAUUUAUUCCGGGUCAAUUUUUGACAGAUUCCAAAGUGGUACCAUCACAAAUUUCGGGCGAUUUAUCUCAAAUGCCAUUUCCUUUCGAUUAUGGAGGCUACAGAUCAUGGAAUUAGGCAGAGGCUAUUCUCCACCGAUAAUGAAGUCUAUUGAUCUUAUUCUCCACGGAUGAUAAGUUCAUUAAGCACCUAUUUGGGCCAAUUUAUUUUCGGAUGACAUUUUCGUAAUUUUUGGACGAUGAAAUGCCAUUUUCUUUUGAUAUUGAAGGCUACUCAUCACGGAUUCGCCCUGAGGCUAUUCUACAAAAAUGAUUGAGUCCAAUAAGCACUAAUUUGGGCGGAUUUAUUCAGGGUCAAUUUUUGGCAGAUUCAAAAGGGGUACCAUCACAGAUUUCAGGCAAUUUAUCCGAAAUGCCAUUUUCUUUCGAUUCUGGAGGCUACAGAACACGGAAUUAGGCCGAGGCUAUUCUCCACCGAUAAUUAAGUCUAUUGAUCAUAUUCUCCACGGAUGAUAAGUCCAUUAAGCACCGAUUUGAGCCAAUUAAUUUUCGGAUGGCAUUUUCGAAAUUUUUUGUGCGACGAAAGGCCAUUUUCUUUGGAUAUUGAAGGCUACAGAUCACGUAUUCCCCCUGAGGCUAUUCUCCAACGACAAUUGAGGCCAUUAAGCACCGAUUUUGGAGGAUUUAUUCCGGGUCAAUUUGUGGCAGAUUCCAAAGGGGUACCAUCACAGAUUUCGGGCGAUUUAUCCAAAAUGCCAUUUCUUUCUAUUUUGGAGGCUACAGAACACAGAAUCAGGCCGAGGCUAUUCUACACCGAUAAUGAAGUCUAUUGAUCCUAUUCUCCACGGAUGAUAAAUCCAUUAAGCACCGAUUUGGGCCCAUUUAUUUUCGGAUGGCAUUUUCGUAAUUUUUUGGGCGACGAAAGGCCAUUUUCUUUGUAUAUUGAAGCCUACAGAUCAUGGAUUCGGCCUGAGGCUAUUCUCCAACAAUGAUUGAGUUCAAUAAGCAGAUUUGGGCGGAUUUAUUCAUGGUCAUUUUUGGGAGAUUCCAAAGGGGUACCAUAACAAAAUUCGGGCGAUUUAUCCGAAAUGCCAUUUUCUUUCGAUUCUGGAGGCUACAUAUCACGGAAUAGGGUCUAGGCUAUUCUGCACCGAUAAUGAAGUCUCUUGAUUCUAUUCUCCACGGAUGAUAAGUCCAUUAAACACCGAUUUGGGCUAAUUUAUUUUCGGAUGGCAUUUUCGUAAUUUUUUGGGUGACGAAAGGCCAUUUUCUUUGGAUAUUGAAGGCUACAGAUCACAGAUUCGGCCUGAGGCUAAUCUCAAACGAUGAUUGAGUCCAUUAAGCACCGAUUUGGGCGGAUUUAUUCCGGGUCAAUUUUUGGAAGAUGGUAAAGGGGUACUAUCACAAAUUUCGGGCGAUUUAUCCGAAAUGGCAUUUUCUUUCAAUUGAGGUGGCUACAGAGCACGAAAUCAGGCCGAGGCUAUUCUCCACCGAUAAUGAAGUCUAUUGAUCCUAUUCUCCACGGAUGAUAAGUCCAUUAAGCACAAAUUUGGGCCAUUUAUUUUCGGAUGGCAUUUUCGUAAUAUUUUGGGCGACGAAAUGCCAUUUUUCUUUUGAUAUUGAAGGCUACAGAUCACAGAUUCGGCCUGAGGCUAUUCUCCAACGAUGAUUGAGUCCAAUAAGCACGCAUUUGGGAGGAUUUUUUCCGGGUCAAUUUUUGGCAGAUUCCAAAGGGGUACCAUCACAGAUUUCGGGCGUUAUUCAUAAAUGCAAUUUUCUUUCGAGGCUAUUCUCCACCGAUAAUGAUGUCUAUUGAUCCUAUUCUCCAUGCAUGAUAAGUCCAUUAAGCACCGAUUUGGGCCAAUUUUUAUCGAAUGGCAUUUUCGUAAUUUUUUGGCCGACGAAAGACCAUUUUCUUUGGAUAUUGAAGACUACAGAUCACGGAUUCUGCCUGAGGCUAUUCUCCAACGAUGAUUGAGUCCAUUAAGCACCGAUUUGGUCGGAAUUAUUCUGGGUCAAUUUUUGGCAGAUUCCAAAUGGGUACCAUCACAGAUUUCGGGCGAUUAAUCCGAAAAUGCCAUUUUCUUUCGAUUUUGGAGGCUACAGAUCACGGAAUAAGUACGAGGCUAUUCUCCACCUAUAAUUAAGUCUAUUGAUCCUAUUCUCCAUGGAUGAUAAGUACCGAUUUGGGCCAAUUUAUUUUCCGAUGUCAUUUUCGUAAUUUUUUGGGCGACGAAAGGCCAUUUUCUUUGGAUAUUGAAGGCUACAGAUCACGGAUUCGGCCUGAUGCUAUUCUCAAACGAUGAUUGAGUACAUUAAGCACCGAUUUGGGCGGAUUUAUUCCGGGUCAAUUUUUGGCCUAUUCCAAAGGGGUACCAUCACAGAUUUCAUGCGAUUUAUCCGAAAUGCCAUUUUUUUCGAUUCUUGAGGCUACAGAUCACAUAUUAAGGCCGAGGCUAUUCUCCACCGAUAAUGAAAACUAUUGAUCCUAAUCUCCAGGGAUGAUAAGUCCAUUAAGCACCGAUUUGGGCCAAUUUAUUUUCAGAUGGCCUUUUCGUAAUUUUUUAGGCGACGAAAGACCAUUUUCUUUGGAUAUUGAAGGCUACAGAUCUCGGAUUCGGCCUGAGGGUAUUCUCAAAUGAUGAUUGAGACAUUAAGCACCGAUUUGGGCGGAUUUAUUUGGGUCAAUUUUAGGCAGAUUCUAAAGGGGUACCAUCACAGAUUUCAGGCGAUUUAUCCUAAAUGCGAUUUCUUUCGAUUCUAGAGGCUACAGAACAUGAAAUCAGGCCGAGGCUGUUAUCCACCGAUAAUGAAGUUUAUUGAUCCUAUUCUCCACGGAUGAUAAGUCCAUUAAGCACCGAUUUGGGCCAAUUUAUUUUCAGAUGACAUUUUCGUAAUUUUUUGUGCAACGAAAGGCCAUUUUCUUUGGAUAUUGAAGGCUACAUAUCACGGAUUCGGCUUGAGGCUAUUCUCCAACGAUGAUUGAAUCCAUUAAGCACCGAUUUGGGCGGAUUUAUUCUGGGUCAGUUUUUGGCAGAUUCGAAAGGGGUACCAUUACAGAUUUCGGGCUAUUUUUUGAAAUGCCAUUUUAUUUCGAUUCUGAAGCUACAGAUCUCGGAAUAAGGACGAGGCUAUUCUCCACCGAUAAUGAAGACUAUUGUUCCUAUUCUCCACGGAAGAUAACUCAAUUAAGCACCAAUUUGGGCCAAUUUAAUUUCGGAUGGAAUUUUCGUAAUUUUUUGGGCGACGAAAGGCCAUUUUCUUUUGAUAUUGAAGGCUACAGAUCACGGAUUCGCCCUGAGGUCAUUCUCAAACGAUGAUUGAGUCCAUUAAGCACGGAUUUGGGCGGAUUUAUUCCUGGUCAAUUUUUGGCAUUUUCCAAAGGGGCACCAUCACAGAUUUCAGGCAAUUUAUCCGAAAUACCAUUUUAUUUCGAUUCUGGAGGCUACAGAUCAUGGAAUCAGGCCGAGGCUAUUCAAAACCGAUAAUGAAGUCUAUUGAUCCUAUUCUCCACGGAUGAUAAGUCCAUUAAACACCAAUUUGGGCCUAUUUAUUUUCGGAUGGCAUUUUUCGUAAUUUUUUGGGCGACGAAAUGCCAUUUUCUUUUGAUAUUGAAGGCUACAGAUCACGAAUUCGGCCUGAGGCUAUUCUACAACGAUGAUUGAGUCAAAUAAGCACCGAUUUGGGCGGAUUUAUUCCGGGUCAAUUUUUGGCAGAUCCUAAAGGGGUACCAUCACAGAUUUCCGACGAUUUUUCCGAAAUGCAAUUUUCUUUCGAUUUUGGAGGCUACAGAUCACAGAAUAAGGUCGAGGCUAUUCUCCACCGAUAAUGAUGUCUAUUGAUCCUAUUCUCCUCACAUGAUAAGUCCAUUAAGCACCGAUUUUGGCCAAUUUUAUUCGAAUGGCAUUUUCGUAAUUUUUUGGGCGACGAAAGACCAUUUUCUUUGGAUAUUGAAGACUACAGAUCACGGAUUGUGCCUAGGCUAUUCUCAAACGAUGAUUGAGUCCAUUAAGCACCGAUUUGGGCGGAUAUAUUCCGGGUCAAUUUUUGGCAGAUUCUAAAGCGGUACCAUCUCAGAUUUCGGGCGAUUUAUCCGAAAUGACACUUUGUUUCGAUUCUGGAGGCUACAGAUCAUGGAAUAAAGCCGAGGCUAUUGUCCACCGAUAAUGAAGUCUAUUGAUCCUA